GACGAUGUGGCAAUGCCAGCUGAAGACGUUAGCGACCUACGGGACGUCGUGGACGCGAUCAAUCGACUCUGCGAAAACAUGAAGACCAGUUAUGACGAAGAAGAACCCGAGUUGGUCCCACCAGAUGAGGUGGUGGUCCGGCGAGUCGAAACCUAUGUCGCUGAAAAAUGGAGCGAUUCAGUCGUCGAAGAGGUGUCCGAUACGGAUCAGCUGGUGACAGUUUGUGAACCGAUAAGCGAAUAUUACACGGCCUCCUCUGAAGUGUCCUUACUCUCUGAUGAAAUGUGCCAACCGGAUAAGGAAAAGGUUGACCGAAAUUACGCCUCGUCUGAAGUAUCUUUACUGUCGGAUGAGUUGGCCCAAUUUGAAGAUUCGGAUAAGGAAAGGGACGACAGGAAUAGUGUGAUGGCUGGUCACGUGGCCGCUAUGAGAGAGAGGUUUGAAAGUAUGACGCGAACCAGCUCUCCGUGCCCGGAUAUAUUGCGAUCCGCGUCACCCGGCUUCGACAUAUUAUUCAGGAAUAUAACCCCUUCGCCCGAUCAGUUAGACAAAUCAUAGAUGACUCAGAUUAGAGGCGAAUAGUUUGUGCCGGCUGAAAUUACAAUUUUAAAUUUUUAUUCAAUUUAUAGAAUAAGUAACCUAAAUUAUAGUCCUGGUGUAGGUCGAAAGCAAUACUUCAGCUAAAGAUGGUGCCCUCGCAUACACAUACUUUUUCUUACCAACCUAGUCAUUAUUACAAUGUACAUGUGGAAUGUAAUUUAAGAAAUUAAGGGCAAGAUAAUUUGGUUCCAAGGAUUCCAAAUACGGUAUUUUUUAGAAAGGGUUCUGAUCAAUUUCUUCAACUACUUCACACCAUCGACCAUACAUAUCGAUUAGAUUUAGAGCUGGCAAUAUUUAAAGGAACUAGGUACAUAUUUUGAUUAACCUCAUAUUCUGUCGUAUUGUGAUUUGGGAAAGCUCAAAUUUUGUAGAAUUUAUUAUACGAAAAUUGUACAAUUAGCGAAAAAUAAGUUAUCAGACCAAAAAAGCGUUUAGCUUCGUUCUAGCGUUUACUGUAUUUACAUACUUUGGACAGUGUUGCCAUAUUAUAAUAGUGAAAUAGAUAAUAGCGAUUCGUUGACAAAAUUAAUUUUUAUAGCGUCCUUUGUUUUAUGAAAUCUGUUGUGAAUUUUUACCAAGUUUAAAUCAGUUACGUGUUGGUUUGACGGUGAUACUAGUUAGAAUUUAUAUUACGUAUAGUUACGGGGCAUUGGUAUUAUCUUGCAAAUUAGCGUAGUUCUUGUAUUAUAACGUUACAUAUACAAGUGAGACCUUUAACGAUUCAAUAUAUGGCUUUAUUAUGUAA